AUGUUGACGCCCUAUCUCACCCGGGCGCCACAGCGUUUCGCGCUUCAGGCGCGGCGCUUCGGGGCGGUUUACGCCGGCCGCUACGUCACCUCGGACCAGCUGGAGAAGAAGGACCCGAACUGGGCCAUUGAGGAGACCAACUUCUGUCUCGGCAAGAUUAGUGAACUCCGCUUUAAAGACACCGACGACCUGGCUCGCCGCACCCUGCAGAUUAUGGACAGCCAGCUCAGCAAGAUGCACACGCGCCUUAGGGAUGGCACGUGCGUGCCUUACAUGGCGCUCAGCCUGCACCAGGUGGUCGACCGUCCCUGCCCCAACCACGUGUUCAUCGAGCAGCCGCUGCUGAAGUGGACGUGGGACGAGGCGUACGACGACGCCUACGAAAACAUGUAA